AGAGUGCCUCACACAUCCUAUUAUUCUAAUUGUCCUUCAAGACUUGUUCUGCAUUUUCAAGUCAAUAACCGAUGGCUUCAUUCACCUACUUCUCCUUCUUCUUCUUCUUCAUUCUCCUCUUGGUUUUAACCUUCCAAACCUCAACCACCAAAGCCACAUAUUCAAGCUACCAUGAUUCAACCAAGUGCAGCCAUGAUGGCCCUUCCAUCCACUAUCCAUUCCACAUAAAAGGAUCCCUCCCUGGCUUUGAACUCCUCUGCAAGGAAAACCUCACCACUAUCCAUUUUCCAUCUUAUGGUGAUUUGGUUGUCAAAUCCAUUAGCUAUGAUACCAAAAAGAUUCAGCUUCUUGAUCCCAAGAACUGUGUUCAUGGUGUCUUUCUCAACCUCAAUCUCUCAUCUACACCUUUCCAAUACUACCAUGUUCUGAAGAACUACACAUACCUCAAUUGCUCUACAAAGCUAUCUACCCCUUCUUUCACUGAGGUUCCAUGCUUGAGUACCUCAGGUUCUCAUGUUUACACUGUCGACCCUGAACUGCAUGUGCCUGGUUCUUGCAACGGUUUCAAAACCGUGGCAAUUCCCUUUGAGUAUAGCCCUUAUAUCUCAGACAAUAGUCUUGGUCUUGCAUUGACAUGGAACUUGCCGCAUUCUGAAGAAAGAAAAGACAAAGCAAUAAGCAAGACCACAGAUUCCCACACAACACGUUACACAGUUUUAGGAUUGAGCAUGUGUUCUUUGGCGGUGGCAAUUGCACUUAUGAUGAUAAGCAUAAUAAAGGUUACUGGGUCCAUAUCGAAUUGCAGUGAGAAAGAGGACCCAUUAUUGCAGAGCUUGCCAAAUGUCUAGUCCACUAUAUUCUAAAGUUUUGUGAUAGUUAUAUGUUUUGUACUAAAUUGGAAAAAGAAAAAGCUGUUGUAAGCUUUGCCAAGAGCAAAAUAUUACUGCUCAAUGUAAAAAAGACUUUAAACAGAGGUGUUACUAAUGGCUCAUAUAUAUUCAUAUAUCCUUUAAGCUGUUAC